CCCAUGUCUCAGGGAUACCAGCGGUCUCAGGGCCAGCCCGUGUACCCCCAGUACCCCCCUCCCUCCUCCAUGGGGUACCUGUCUCCAUCGGCCCACGAGGAGCUCCCGAUGGAGCAGCGUCAGCCCAGCCCAUCUGCUGCUAACGUGGCUAACGCUAACAACAACAACAAAGCUGGUUUCGGCCUGAAGGAGGCGGGAGACGGUUUGACCCGAGCCGUGCUGCUGGUGGACCCGCCGUUCAACAACACCCCCAUAAUCACGCUGGUUUCGAAGCCUGACGUCAAGGACGUCUCCAUGGCAACCAUGAAUCCCAGAAGCUCCCCCGGCUCUCCGUCGCCGUACGACCUCAACGUCUCCGUGGACAACAGGCGCCCCCGCGGUUGCCGUAGUUACCAGAGACCACAUCAUCCCGCCAACGCGUACGUCCAGCUGGGGCCCCCGGAGCCCGGGCAGCUGGGUUACAUGUCCACCGCGUCCGUGAGCUGCAGCACGGAGGACCAAUGGGAGGAGGCGGGAUUCAGACCGGCAACCUCGAACCCCAGAGGGUUGAGGAAGAACCCCAGGGGCGGGAGGGGGAGGGGAGGCUACGACCCUGCGCGGGGGGGCCCCCGGAGGAGACAUGGGGGAGAUGAUGGAGUGGACUCAAGCUACAUUCAGUAUAGCCCCUCCCACAGGGGGAGGGGCCGGGAGAGAGGAUACUAGCUCAGCCUAUGAGAGGGGUUCUUAUUUUCUGCUCAGUUGGAUGAGAUUUACAUCGAGCAACAGCUAUUAGCCAAUUAUCUUAGCAUGAGACCCCAGUCCUGAUGCUAAGCUAGCCAUGUUGUAGCUGUGGCUUUAUUUACACUGUGCUAACAUGAAUCAAUCACCUAAUAUCUCCCAAAAGUGGUAACGUUUUAUUUUGACGAGGGGUAACGUUUGGUUUCUUGUUAGCGCUGCGAGCUAAAGGCAAAGAACAAACCUGUCGUUUUAUUGCUGCCAAAAAACAAAUCAAAUCUGUCAGUGUUGUUUGUGGGUCCGGUUUUAUUUUCAUUGUCGCGUGUAAUCAGCUCUAGAGAUGAAGUGCCUUACGUUCGCCAUGUUUCUUUGGUUUUUGGGGCCUUUUUUUUUCAAUGCGAAUGAUUAAAUAAAACUUGGUUGGAAAAAGGUC